AUGGAUAGAGUGAAAAGAUACACGAAGGAGGCCAAAAUAGGAGAAGGAACCUAUGCUAUAAUCUAUUUCGGGAAGGAGUAUCUGGUGAGCCCUUCUGACGCCUCUGACGAAAUAAUAACUGAGUCGCCUCCUUCAAACGCGCUUCCUGGGAGAACAGUGGCCAUAAAAAGAAUAAAGAAGAAUCCUUCGCAGCUGGACAUUGAAAUCGCAGCCCUCAGAGAGAUAAAACACCUGAAAUAUCUGAAAUCUGAGCACAUAAUUGAUCUGUUCGAUAUAAUCGUGCAAGACAGACACAUCCACAUAAUACUUCCAUAUAUGGAAAGCAAUCUGGAGGUGAUCAUAAGAAGCAAAAAGCUAAUAUUCAUGCCGCAGGACGUUAAAGCGUGGAUGCUUAUGAUAUGCAAAGGCCUCCACGAGUGCCACUCGCACUUUGUCAUCCACAGAGACAUUAAGCCCAACAACAUUUUGGUGGGGAAAGAUGGCUCUCUCAAGCUGGCAGACUUUGGUAUUUCAGUUGACAUCGGGUUUCCGCUGCGAGCACUCACACCGAACGUCGUCACCAGAUGGUACAAAGCGCCUGAAAUUCUCUUGGGGUGCACUAACUACACUUUUGCGAUUGACAUAUGGGCACUUGGCUGUUUGUUUGCUGAGCUGCUGCAGCGCAUCCCAUACCUCCCGGGGCGCUCAGACACGCACCAGUUGGAGCUUAUAUACUCGGUGAUAGGAACGCCUACCGAAGAGGAGUGGAAGGAGAUAGGACACAAGACAGAAGGCUUGGCUAUUCCCAGCCACAUUCCCAGGAGUAACUUUGCCGUAUCAUUUGGCGCAGCUGGAAAUGAUGCAAUUGACCUACUGAAUAAAAUGUUUGUGUAUGUCCCAAGCAAGAGAAUAACAAUUGAUGAAAUCCUAAGCCACCCCUACUUCACAAACACGCCAGCACCCACGCCUGCUGAGAACCUUCCGUUCGAUGUCCCUGCACAGAGUGUGUAA